GUUCGAGUCAUUAAACUGAGGGUUUGUUUUUAUGUUCCAGUAAAUGACAAGAGCAACAGACAAAUACUAAAAUGCAAACCAAACUGAUGUUGAGAGAGCAACAGGACAACGAAGAGAGAGAGGGUGCCUCCAAUUCAUUCAGUUGUUACUAAUAUUGAGCCAUUCAGUACUGUGCAAACGUUUUAGGCAAAGAACUUGAAACAUGGACUAUGUUUUUUGUCCCUCAUCGUAUUUAUCUGUUUGUCCUUACUCUUGUUUUCUUAAAGUUACCUAUUCCCUGAGUUCAUUUAGUUUCUCCCUGUGUUACAAAAAAAUCUGAAUAUGUAGUGGGAGCGACGUAUUAUACGCCUUAUACAUUAAUUAACUUGUUGCACGGCAGACGUAUCCACGUAUCAGAACAAUCACAGGUUCAAGAGUACUACAGACACUUGCGUCUUUUAUAAGUGUCCCCACAAAUUAAUGAAAAACUACUUCAUUCACAGAAAGUUGUUCUCACAGGCAAACGCUGUUUGCAGAGCAGUGAGGAAAUAAUGUCGCUGGUGGUGAGCAGGUCUAGCCAGCCCAUAUUGUAACGCUGUGGCACCACCAAGUGGCUCAGACUACAAAUUAUCUUCAUCAGUAUAUUAAUCCAUCCAUCCAUCCAUCAUCUACACAUAUUACCUAGAUUCAGUCCACAUAAAUAAACACACGAGAGUGGACUUUUAACCUCCAACAUUUUAAGGGUUUUAACAAAUAAAUUCAACUCACUGUCCUGUCAACUGGAACGUACUAUGAGCUGCAUGCACCAAAAGAAAGGGAAAUCAAUUAACGAGGAUCGAGGAUCAUAUUCAUACUCAAUAACCAGUUGUGGAAAUGACUCUACAUUUACCCAAAGACUGUACUGUAGAAUAUAUGCUACUUCAAGCUUUGACUCCACUGCAAUUCAGAGAGAAAGAAACUUUUUUCCAGCCACUAUAUUUAAUUAAUGACUUAAUUUAUCUAUUGUAUCCAAUGGAUUGGAUAGGAUAGGCAAAAAUGAUUUUUGUUUGGUUGUUGAUUGUGUGAGUUAUAUUGUGUGAAAUGGACUGAUGUAUACAGUUUUUUUUUGUCGAAAUCAACAAUUAAUUCAUUCAUUCAUUUAUCAACUAAUCUGCAGAUUCAGAUAGUCACUAUUAUAGUUUAAGAUCAUAUUUAACUUUUUCUACAAACUACCCAAAAGUGUAUGAAGUCACGGGAAUCAAAUUUAUACACAUUCAAAUUGCAUUUGUACUUUUAUGAAAUCAAUCUAGUUUUUAUCUAUAGAUAAAUAGAUCCAUUCCUGUUUUUCACGGCAGAGAUAACGUUUUAUUUUGUAAAUCCUUUCAUACGAGCUGGCGCCGCCGUGCGUGCUGCGUCAUGACGCACCGCCGUGCGUGCUGCGUCAUGACGCACCGCCGUCACCAUCAGCUGUUGGAGCAGCGCGGAGCGGCUCUUCUCUCUCGACCUCCGGGACGCUGUGUGCACACGUUCGCCCGCCGGCUCCCCGCUGCCGCUGCUGCUGCUGGGUUGUUUUUUAAUUUUAAUUUCUAAUAAACGGCACAUGUUGUUUGUCCACCGGCCCGUCACCGGAGCAUCUGCUGACCUGCUGCCAUGAUGAGCGCGUUGUGUCGCCUGACGCACGGAGGGCUGCUGCGCGGCCGGCCGUCGUGUCGCUCGCUGCUCGGACGGCAGCGCUUCUGCGGGGAGGCUUCCACCGUCCGGACCGCCAGCUCGUCCAGCCCAGUCAACUUGACCUACGACGUCUUCGACGGGAAAGGAGAGAGCACUCCCCUGGUGUUUCUUCACGGCCUCUUUGGCAGCAAAUCUAACUUCCACUCGAUAGCGAAGUCCUUGGUUCAGCGUACGGGCCGAAAGGUGCUGACCGUAGACGCCCGUAACCAUGGCAACAGCCCCCACAGCCCGGCGCUGACCUAUGACGCGAUGGCCGGCGAUCUGAAACACCUCCUCGCCCAGCUGCACAUCGAGAAGUGCGUCCUCAUCGGCCACAGCAUGGGAGGGAAAACGGCCAUGACGACCGCUCUCACGCAGCCUGGUUUAGUGGAGAGGCUGGUGGUAGUGGACAUCAGUCCGGCCCAGUCCACAGCGCGCACCAACUUCCGCUUCUACAUCCAGGCCUUGCAGAAGGUGAAGAUCUCCAGUGACAUCCCGCGGUCCACCGCCAGGCGGAUGGCUGAGGAUCAGCUCCGCAGCUUGGUCAAGGAGCGCUCAGUGCGUCAGUUCCUGCUGACUAACCUCGUGGAGCUGAACGGACACUAUGCCUGGAGGGUCAACUUGGAAGCCAUCUCGGAGCACCUGGACAACAUCAUGAGUUUCCCCCACUUUGACACAGUCUACGAGGGACCUACGCUGUUUCUGGGUGGAGCCAGUUCUGCUUACAUCAGCUCCGAGGAUUACCCCGAAAUCCAGAGGCUGUUCCCCAAUGCCGACAUCCAGUACAUCCCCGACGCGAGCCACUGGAUCCACGCGGACAAACCCUUAGAUUUCAUCAGCUCCAUCAGCUCCUUCCUUCAGUCCUAGCCGCCUCCCGUCUACACCCCCAGAACUCUUUUAUGCCGAGCGUCCAGCUCACCGAACGUGAAGGGUGAGGAGUCAGCAGCUUCAGCGAGAGUGAGUGGAGUCACUGAUGAUGCUGUCACGCGCAAAACACUGGACCAACCUCGCUCUCUUUUGACAGCAGUCAGUUCUUACCUUUUGACAGGGUCAUAUAUUUUGUGUAGUGUAGUGUAGGCAACGUUUUCCCUUUUGUUAAGUCUAGCUCUGUCAGACGGGCCGCGUCACUAGUUUGGCUGGUUUCUAGAUCUUUAGAAUCCGUAGCUAGAUGAUAGUGAUGAAGAUGUGUCAGAUUUAAACACAAUGGGGCUGUUUUGGAGUUGAUAUACUAAUCCAAAGAAACUCUCAUUUGCACAGUGCUUUCUUUUAUGUUGUUAUAUUAAUGCCAGUGUAAAAGCAAAGGGGGAUUAAGGCCAAGUACAAUCUGGGACCACUGAAGUGCACCAGCAGUAAGAUGGAUUGAUACGAAGGUUUAGACAACAUAUAUAUGAAAUGCAGAGGGAGUUUGGCGUCGUGAGGAUUGAGUUUUGCGAAGGGGAUGUAAAAUAGACUUGAUGGAUUGUUGUAGAAAUAUGAAUAACUAUGGUGAUAUAUUCAGUAUUUUGAUCUGGAACUUGGUGUAUCUGCUGUACGUGAGAGAUGAGAACGAGCUGGUGAGUUACUCUGUCGCGAGUCGGGCUUAAUUGAGAGCCCUGGCUUUUUUUUGUUUUUGUUUUACGCCAACGUAAACAUCUAUGGAAACCAAGCUGAAAUGCUCAGAAACAGUACUGUCACAAUCUGUUUCCUGAAUAUCUCAGGUUACAACUGGAUGUGCUAGUUAUUAUUAUACUCGUAUGCUAUUCUCCUCUGUCUGUCGGGCAAUGAGCCGUGGUGAUGUCGCUGUGUCUUUGUGUUUGUUCAGUCCUACUGUAUCGGUGUUUUUAUGUUAUUAUCCGUCUCUCACUUUGUCUUUACAACUGAGGCACAAGAGCCAUAUGGAUAUCUCACAAAUAUAUGCUGCAACAAUGUGCGUUGUUGAUAUAAACGUUAAAGUGAUAAAGUCAUUUUUGUUUCCAUGGGGUUUGAACAGAACGGUCCAGUAGCGAAACUGCCAUCGGUGUGAAUACGCAGGGUGUUGUACAUUUGUAUGUGCCUCUUUUGUCAAGAGCUUGUUUUCCAUUUCAGUAAAACUUGCUAAAAAAAACACAAAAAAAACAUUUUAUUAUACAAAUAUUAACAAACUGACUAGAUUGGCAGCUGAGUUGCCGCUUCUGUGUGAGUUUUCAUCCGAGAAAGCUCAACACACGAGGGAGUAUCCCUUCAUGGCGCUAGAUGUUUACUACGAUCAGUGUUUUAUGUUUGUUUUAUGCGAACAUGAAAGUCUAAAAGACUUUAAAAUGGAUCAGAAUUAAGUUGAGUGAAAUUCUCCUCGUUUUUGUUUUUAUAGAUCUCCAGUUAGAGGAGAAGCGCCGCUUCCUCCUCCUCAGCCGCAGCAGUCGGGGGUCGUGGGGUAGUUCUGACAUGUGAAUGCUCGUCCUGCUUCAGCUCCUGUAGCGUUACAGUGGGACAGGAAUAUGUAAAAAACAAAAGGGGGGGGGGGGGCGGUGGUACUGUGCGUCAGCAAAAUAGAAAAACUAAUGUAUUCCGUAAACCUGAGAAGCAGACUGUAAUCAUAUGUUCAGGACUGUAUAUUGUUUCACUGCAGCAUGCCUUUUCUCUUAUCAUCAGGUGUGUUCAGUUUGUUCCCCAUAAUAGUGACUGUCAUUCUAAAUGAUGGCAUAUAUGAAUUUUAAAUGUGUGCAAGAUGAAUAUAGGAGUGGAUUAUACAUAUUAUUGAAAAUGUACAAACUGAUAUUAUACAAUAAAAUGGCAAAAAAAAUAAUCUA